AAAUUUUCUGAAUACGGGCGGAAAAUUGCAACGCCUACCGUUAUUUGCCGGGAGAAGGGCGGGAUACAGCUUUUAAUGACAGUAAAUGCCAUCCUUUCCUGAGUAAUGCAGGUUGCAAAAAAAAAAGAAAAAUAAGAUAAAAGCCAUCUUGGCAAGGUCAAAAUGUGAACCAUACUAAGCCGGCCGCCAUUUUGCGAAGGUUAUAGCGUAAAUUAUUGACGCGAAACGUUAGAAAUUUUCUAGAUACCGGCGGAAAAUUGCAACGGCUAGCGUUAUUUGCGGGGAGAAGCGUGGUAUUCUGCUUUUAAUGAUAAUAAAUGCCGUCCCUUCCUGAGUAAAGCAGAUUGCAAAAAAAAAAAAAAAAGCCAUCUUGGGAAGGUCAAAAGGUUGCAGCUCUUAACACCGACUUCCUGGCUGUGUGACCUCGGGCAGGUGUCUUGACGUCUCUGUGCCGCGCUUUUCACAUGGGAAUAUAAUUUUUUUAUCGACGCCAUGGUUUUUAACGGCCGUGAAACGAGGACCGGGGUGACAAUAGCCGGGACAUGCUCUGUGGCCUCCGCGGGGAGACCCCUGGAGAACCCGACGAUGGGCCUUACUCCAGGGGAGGCUGGGAGGCUGGAGGCCCCGAGGUGGCCCUGGCCUGCCGCAGACAGAGCAUUCCAGGUGAGGACCGUCCUUACCUCUCCUGUCCUCCCCCCAAUCGGGGUGUCUCCUGUCCCCCCAUGCUCCCUUGCGUGACCCUCAGACCGAACCUCCCCGCUUCCCGGGCCCCAGUCUCCCUUGCUCACUUGAGCCUCAACCCUGGGCGCUCGGGCUUUCCUAGCCCCGAGCCUGGGCAGGCUCCCUUUCUCUCUCUCUUAACUGGGGAGGACCAAGCGGGUCAUUGGGGGGGGGGGAAGGUCGUCCGUAGCCUCAGUUUACCCUCCCUGCAGAACGGGCCUCCUCCCGUCCCCCGCGCGCCCCGGGGCGCGGCCCGAGGGACUCACGGGCGUCCUCCCUUUUCGUCCCCAGCCCCCGAGAACAACCCCGGGGUCGUCUCGAAGGUGGUGGACGUCUGCCUCAGGAAGGAAGGGGACAGCUUCGGCUUCGUGGUCCGAGGGGGAGCCCACGAGGACGAGCACAAGUCGCGCCCACUCGUCGUGACCCACGUGCGGCCGGGCGGCCCCGCCGACAGCGGCCCCGGCCCCUCGCCCCGCUGCCCGCCUUUGCCUCCCCCCUGCCUGCCUCAGUUUCCCCACCUGUCCAACGGGUUUUCUCUCAUUCUUCCAGCGGCGGUGGAGGCCGGGGCGGAGGCCCGGGGCGGCCUCGUCACCAUGGAGACGUCGCCGGCCUCGCGCGGCCCGACGCUCGCCGCGCACAGGAGCGGAGUCCCGCACCCUGGCGACCGCAUCGUGUCCACCGCGGCGGAGAGGUUGAGGCUCGAGGUCCUCCCCGAGCCCCGGACUCGCCGGCCUCCCUUCGAGGCAGCCUGGUCCUCGACGCCCUUCUCCUCGCCCACCGUGAGCCUCGACUGUCCCCGGGCCUCCACCGGGCGGAGGAGGCCGCGGAGGACGGAACACAGGAGCUCGGUGUCCUUGACCCCGAGGUCGCUGGGGCAGUUGGUGCGCCCCGAAACCACAGAGGUCGUGCUGGGUGGAGGCCCGCCCGGAGGCUUCGGCCUCCACCUCCAGGGCGGCGUCUUCGCCACCGAGGCCCUCUGCUCGCCGCCCCUGGUCUCCUUCCUCGAGCCCGACAGCCCCGCAGAGAGGUGCGGCUUGAUCCAGCCGGGCGACCGCGUCCUGUCAAUCAACGGCCUCCCCACAGAGGCCGGGACCCUGGAGGAGGCCAGGCAGCUCCUGCGUGAGGCCGCCCUGGCCGGGAAGGUCGCGCUGGAAAUCGGGUUCGACGUGGCCGACUCCGUGACCCCGAGCAGCGGGACCUUCCACGUGAAGCUGCCCAAGCGGCCCGGGGUGGAGCUGGGCAUCACCAUCAGCUGUGAGUCCGCCGGCCUCGACCUCUUCCCCCCGCCGGCCUCCCGGGAGGACGGAGGGAGGGACUCACGGGGUGGAGGACUCCCCCUAAGGACCCCGGCCUCCGUAAGCCUCUCAUCCGGCCGGCUCAACGCCUACGACCUGGACUCCACGGGGGCCGUCACCUACACGGUCGAGCUGAAGCGAUUCGGGGGCCCCCUUGGCAUCACCAUCUCGGGGACCGAGGACCCUUUCGACCCCAUUGUUAUCUCCGGCCUCACCAAGCGAGGCCUGGCCGAGAGGACGGGCGCCAUGCACGCCGGGGACCGCAUCCUGGCCAUCAACGGCACCAGCCUCAAGGGCCGGCCUCUGAGCGAGGCCAUAAGGCUCCUCCAGGGGUCAGAGGUCACCGUCUCCCUCAAGAUCAAGAAACACCCGGCCCGCGGCCCCGCGCGGCAGGAGCGUUUCCGGGGCGCGCGUGGAGAAGCCCUCGCCGACCUGGACCCGCGCGGGCGGGCGGAGCUGCUCGGGGAGCUGCAGGUGACCCUGCGCAGGGACCCCGUGCGGAGGGACUUUGGCUUCCGCGUCUCGGACGGGCUCCUGCGGGCCGGGGUCCACGUCCACACCCUGCGGCCCUCGGACAGCGUCCUCCAGGUCGGCGGCGUCCGCGCCCGGGACUCCGACUGCCGUCUGGCCGCCUCGCUGCAGGAGGAGGCCGGGGAGGCCGCGGGCCUCGUCCUCAGCCGCGACCCACCGGCCCCGGGCAGCCACCCCCGCCCAGCGCCAGGCCCCGGCCGGACCCGGAUGCUGUGA